CUUAAGACUACACAGCAAAAUGCAAUCUUCCUCUGUCCCUCUGCUCUACCUCCACCUACUAAUACUGCCAUUCCUCCUCUUGCAACAAGCACAUGCAGAUGCAGGCAUGGUGCCUCAUGGGGGCAUAUCACUAAGGUCCCAACAGAUGGCCCUCCUGCACUGGAAAUCUACACUUGAUAUCUCCCCGGUGCAGAUGAGCUCUUGGCAGCACCAGACCAGCCCGUGCAAUUGGACGGGAAUCAUGUGCACGGCCGUGCACCAUGGCCGCCGCAGGCCUUGGGUGGUGACCAGCAUCUCCCUGUCAGGUGCCGGCAUCCAUGGCAAGCUUGGUGAGCUCGACUUCUCAGCUCUCCCAUUCCUCACAUCAGUUGACCUCAGCAACAACACUCUCCAUGGCGUAAUACCUACCGAAAUGGGCUCUCUGUCAGCGCUCUCCUAUCUUGACCUCACCCUCAACCAUCUCGUCGGGCACAUCCCAUCUGAGUUUGGUGGCCUGCGGAGUCUCACCCAGCUUGGGCUCUCCUUCAACAAUCUCACGGGCCAAAUCCCUGCUUCCUUGGGCAACCUAACAAUGUUGACUAACCUUGUCAUUCAUCAAACCUUGGUCUCUGGUCCCAUUCCAAAGGAGAUAGGAAUGCUUGUCAACCUACAGGCCUUAGAACUAAGCAACAGCAGCCUAAGUGGUGACAUACCCACAGCUCUUGCUAACCUGAGCCAGCUAAAUUUUUUGUAUCUAUUUGGUAACAAACUAUCAGGGCCUAUACCAGUAGAACUAGGCAAGCUCACAAAUUUGCAACAUCUUGAUCUAAACAAUAACAAUCUUAGUGGCUCAAUCCCUAUCUCUUUAACCAAUCUCACCAAUAUGAGCGGCCUUACUCUCUACAACAAUAAGAUCUCUGGUCCCAUUCCACACGAAAUAGGCAACCUUGUUAUGUUAAAAAGAAUUCAUCUCCACAUGAAUCAGAUAGCAGGCCCUUUACCCCCAGAACUAGGAAAUCUGACUCUUCUAGAAACACUUUCCCUGCGCCAAAAUCAAAUCACAGGCCCAGUACCACUAGAACUUUCCAAACUACCAAAUCUCCGAACUUUGCACCUAGCCAAAAAUCAGAUGACAGGCUCUAUCCCAGCAAGGCUAGGAAAUCUUACCAACCUGGCAAUAUUAUCCCUCUCUGAAAAUUCAAUAGCCGGUCACAUUCCCCAAGAUAUUGGUAAUCUGAUGAACCUCCAAGUUUUAGAUUUGUAUCGGAACCAAAUUUCUGGACCAAUACCAAAAACUUUUGGGAAUAUGAAAAGCAUCCAAAGUCUUUAUCUGUAUUUUAACCAAUUAUCAGGGUCUCUUCCUCAAGAGUUCGAAAAUCUCACAAACAUUGCUUUACUUGGGUUAUGGAGUAACAUGCUUUCGGGACCUUUGCCCACUAAUAUAUGUAUGAGUGGUAUGCUUGAAUUUAUCUUUGUCGGUGAUAAUAUGUUUGAUGGCCCUAUUCCUUGGAGCUUGAAGACAUGUAAAAGCUUGUCUCAACUUGACUUUGGUGAUAACCAACUAACAGGAGAUAUAGCUCUGCAUUUUGGAGUGUAUCCCCAACUCACAGUGAUGAGUUUGGCAUCUAACAGGCUCUCUGGGAAGAUCUCAUCAGAUUGGGGUGCCUGCCCUCAGCUAGAGGUGCUAGAUCUGGCAGAAAAUAAGUUAGUUGGUUCCAUACCUCCAGCCCUCACUAAUCUGUCCAACCUGCGAGAGCUAACACUCCGUUCAAAUAAUCUCAGUGGUGAUAUUCCACCAGAAAUUGGCAAUUUAAAAGGCCUGUACAGCUUGGAUUUAUCACUGAAUCAGUUAUCAGGAUCCAUUCCUGCACAGCUGGGAAAGCUGGACAGUUUAGAAUACCUUGAUAUAUCUGGGAACAAUUUGAGUGGACCAAUUCCAGAGGAACUGGGUAACUGCAACAGCCUACGGUCCUUGAAUAUCAAUAGCAAUAACUUUAGUGGGAAUUUGACUGGUUCAGUUGGAAAUAUAGCAAGCCUGCAGAUCCUGUUAGAUGUUAGCAAUAACAAACUCUAUGGUGUCUUACCACAACAACUUGGAAAGUUGCACAUGCUAGAAUCUCUCAAUUUAUCCCACAAUCAGUUUACUGGAAGCAUACCACCCUCCUUCACAAGCAUGGUGAGUCUACUAAUGCUUGAUGUGUCCUACAAUUAUUUGGAAGGACCACUCCCAGAAGGACUUGUACAUCAAAAUUCUUCAGUAAACUGGUUUCUUCACAAUAGAGGUCUUUGUGGUAACCUCACUGGACUGCCACUCUGUUAUUCAGCUGUAGCAACCAGUCACAAAAAACUGAAUCUGAUUGUUAUACUUUUGCCAACUAUUGUUAUUGUGGGUUUCGGCAUUCUUGCUACAUUUGCAACAGUAACAAUGCUUAUCCACAACAAGGGGAAACGGCAAGAAAGUGAUACUGCUGAUGGAAGAGACAUGUUUUCUGUUUGGAACUUUGAUGGAAGACUAGCGUUUGAUGACAUCGUAAGGGCAACCGAUAAUUUUGAUGAUCGGUACAUUAUUGGAACAGGAGGAUACGGCAGAGUAUAUAAAGCACAACUCCAAGACGGGCAGGUAGUUGCUGUGAAGAAGCUCCAUCCAACUGAAAUAGUGUUGGACGACGAACAAAGAUUUUUUAGGGAAAUGGAAAUUUUAACACAGACCAGACAACGAAGCAUAGUCAAACUGUAUGGGUUCUGCUCUCAUUCAGCCUACAAGUUUCUUGUCUACGACUACAUUCAGCAGGGAAGCCUCCACAUGAUCUUUGGAAACGAAGAACUAGCAAAGGAAUUUGAUUGGCAGAAGAGAGCUACUCUUGUGAAUGAUGUGGCUCAAGCAAUUUCUUAUUUGCACCAUGAGUGUGAUCCACCGAUAAUUCAUCGAGAUAUUACAAGCAACAACAUCUUACUUGAUACAACCUUCAAGGCUUAUGUCUCCGAUUUUGGCACAGCAAGGAUUUUGAAGCCUGAUUCAUCAAACUGGACUGCGCUAGCAGGGACAUAUGGCUAUAUUGCCCCUGAGUUGUCCUACACAUGUGCUGUGACAGAGAAAUGUGAUGUGUACAGCUUUGGUGUGCUUGUGCUGGAGGUCAUGAUGGGGAAACAUCCAAGAGAUUUGCUGCAACAUCUUCCAUCUUCAAGCGGACAAUAUACACUGGUCAAUGAAAUCCUGGACCAGCGGCCUUUAGCACCAACAAUAACAGAAGACCAAACCAUAGUUUUCCUCAUCAAGAUUGCCUUUUCUUGCUUGAGAGUUUCCCCUCAUGUGAGGCCAACAAUGAAAGAGGUCUACCAUACACUCACUCAUUUUCAGACUUCCAGCUCAACUUCAACACAAAUAGAUUUACUUACAUUAGAUGAACUAUGGGGCGCUGGAAAUAUAGUAUAGUAAUGUCCCUAGAGUGUUGUAACAUAUACAUUUUCAGUACAUUUUAAACCAUGUAGCAUGUACAACUGCAUCUCUAACAUAAUGUCAUACAAAAACUACAUACUUAUUACUACACUAUUAUC